AUUCGGUGCCAACAGAAAGAAAAGGUGAUGCUUAGGUCCCCAAAUGGAGAAGAACACUAGUUUUAGGAGAAGAUUAAUCGAUUGGCUCCGUAAUGGGUUCGUCCUCUCCAAGACCGUGCCAUUCAUCUGCGGCUUAGUUCUCAGCUAUAGCUUGGCUCAAAAUGUAGUUGUGAUCGUUUUGUCGGACUUCCUGGAACAACACCGUGGUGCGCGGGAUGCUGCCGCGCUCGUGAAUUUUCUGGAUGGGAUAUCAGCUGUCUUCAAAGUAGGAGUAACUCACAUAUCAGAAGCUCGCCCAGCUGGACGCCUCCUUGUCAUUAUCUCCUGCGCCGCAGCCUACACUAUGGGAUUGAUGCUGUUAUGGGUUUGCGCCUCGUCAACAUUUGACCUUAGUGUGGUGAUUUUUGCAAUAGUACUUACUGCGUUAGGCAUAGCCGGAAAGUCAAUUUUAGCAGACUUUUUUCGAUAUCAAUUGAGAGUGAAAAUAAUGAAAAAGUACACCAAAAAUAACAAAAAAUAUAUAGAAGAGUUGGAAAGCAUCCAAUUCCCUUUUAAAGUGAAGUUGACGUCAAAUAUUUUAUGUAGAAAAUAUGGCAGAAGUUUUAAUACCAAGUGGGGUCCAACACAACUAAAAUCCAAAGUAAUCCGUGAAAACAGAAACUGGGCGGUUGUCACUGACAUUGUUCAAACUCCUAAUCUUUGGAGUGUUGCUGCUUCCUUUGCUGUUCUUUUUAUAGCUCUGUAUUGGUUAGGCGACAGCGGAACUUCUUGGCCGACAAGGUUCGAGGUUUCAUCUCUUGUCAUGGGGACUACGUAUUUAUUAUUCUUCUGCGGGAUUUUCUACUACUACCCAGAGGAUAGACCACAAAUAAGUCCUCUCACUACCAUUUAUAGGGUCUUUAAGGCAGCUAUUAAGAAACGAAGGGAAUCAUACCCUUCUUCAAAAGCGGGUUAUUACUCAUCCAAUGGCAACGAUCAAGGUUUUGCUGAUUCAGAAGACCACUUUUAUGAGAGAGAAGAUGAUAAAAAGGUUCUCUUGUUGCCUCGUCAGCCAUCGUUUUUGUCAUUCUUGGACAAGGCCGCUGUUAAGAACAAUCCCGAUGGCGAAAGCGGAGAGAGAGAAGGGAACGAAGAGGUUUGUACGGCAGAGCAAGUGAGAGACGUGAAGAGCCUUUAUUUUAGUUUACCCUUGGGGUUCACCUUCUUUGCCUACAGCCUGGUUUCUGCUUCUGGUAACACUUACUUUGUUCAGCAAGCAAGCAACUUGGAUUCUAAAGUUGGUAACUUUGAUGUUCCUCUGGUGGUUUUCUUUGUACUUAAGUUCGUUGUUUCUCGUGUGGUUACAAGUAUAACCGAAUCACCGAGGGUAAAAGAAAAGGUGAAACCAAUUUGGAGUAUAGCUGUUGGGAUGUUUUGUUCAGUACUUUGCUGUAUUGCGGCUUGGCUAGUAGAACGGCAAAGGCUUUCUAUGGUUAAGUUUCUAAUAGACCCAGAUGAGGUUAUUUCCUUAAGCAUCAUGGUCUUAACUCCACAGUAUUUCCUGCUAGGGCUAAUGAAAGGCUCUGCAGAACAUGGGCUAAAGACUUUCGUGGAGGAUCAGGUGCCUGGAUCAAUGAGAACAUUUGUGGAGCCGGGCAUUGAAAUGCUGUUGGGGAUCGGAAAAUUCUCCAGCAUUCUGUUUGCAUUCAUUUUCCAUUCCUGGAUCAAGCAUUCCGCAAACGAUAGUCACCUGGAUAAGUAUUUUCUGGUGUUGGGAUCACUCAGCUUCGUGUUUUUUGGGAUUUAUGUAUACUGUGCUAAGUUUGUUUUAUCAAAAUUGCCCAAAUUUGAAGAACCAGAAACUAAGGAAGAAAAUGUUGGGAGGAUGAGCGAGAUUGAGAUUGAGGAAAAGAGUUCAUGUAUCAGUCAUUACAGCCAUUGGCAUGAAGAUACCAAGAAAAUGGAAGGAAAAUAAUCGUAAAGAAAUAAGAGCAGUAGUGCAGACACAGUAGGAAGAGAACACAGAUGAAAAGGAGUUGAACAAGGAGAAAGUGACCACCAAUAUUCUUCUCUGCCUCCACCUCAACCCUCCAGGCCCUCUUUAUGUAACUUCUGGCCCAACAGUUAAACGUUGGGCCCAUAUUUAGAGACUGCUUC